AUGAAGCCCCGAAAGAAGCGCAUGAUUGUCGAUCUAGAUGAUGAGAUCUUCCCGAUCUCCGACGAGAAAUACGCCCAGGAACUACAACUUCAAGAGGCUCUAACACCUUCAGCAUCCAAAAGAAAUGCAUCAUCGUCAUCACAAAAAGUUGCAUCAUCAUCAUCAAUUCCUGCAACUUCCACACCUCCAAAUAAAUUAAAGAGGAAGCAGCCAAUGGUGAAAGCUGAAGAAGCCACAUUACACGAGCGCAUUUGUGGCAUUUGCAUGGACACAAAAGCUCUACCAGAAAUCUUUUCAAAUGCAAAAGUUUGCGGCCAUCUGUUCUGCUCUGAUUGCAUAAGCCAACAUGUAUCUGUGAAGAUUAAAGAAAACAUCGCGAAGGUGAAGUGUCCUGACCCAACAUGCAAAGGGCUAAUAGGACCUGAAGUUUGUCGAGAUAUAGUCCCAAAAGAAGUUCUUGAAAGAUGGGAGGAUGCUUUAUGCGAGUCUAUGAUCAUGGCUACUCAGAAACUCUACUGCCCUUUUAAAGAUUGUUCAGCCAUGUUAGUGGAUGAUAGUGGAGAAGCUGUGACAUCGGCGGAAUGCCCAAACUGCCAUAGAUUGUUCUGUGCGCAGUGUAAGGUGGUAUGGCAUUCCGGGAUGGAUUGCAGAGAGUAUAAGAGCUUAAAGGAAUAUGAAAGAAAUCCGGAAGAUUUAAUGUUAAUGGAGCUUGCCAAGAACAAAAAAUGGAAGAGAUGCCCGAACUGCAACUUUUAUGUGGAAAAGCGAAGCGGUUGUGAUAGCAUUUAUUGCAGAUGUGGAAUUUUUUUUAAUUAUGGAUCUUGA